AACCGCAAAGAACCAGCAUCAGAAAUCAAGUGGAAUUAAAACUACAAUGCAAUGCUCCUGGGCAUUUGUCUUGGCACUCAGCAUCUGCUUCCAGUUGGGAGCAGGUCACUCCGUUGACCGGAGUUGGGAACUGCCCAAGGCUCGUGCUCCCAUAGGUGACCUAACCCAAAUCUGCGUGGGUCACCAAGAGGGAGAUUUGGUGCCCCAUCCCAAGGAUUGCAAUGGAUACUUCUCAUGCUCGCAAAUUCCCACGCUUAUGUACUGUGAUCAGGGGCUCCAGUUCAAUGAAAACCGAGGGAUCUGCGAUCUGCCACAGAACACCAACUGUCAAGAUGAUUUGCUCGUAUCAAAUUCGGAAUCCCAAGGCAAUCCAGUAGAUAACUCCGAGAUUUAUUGGUGGUCACACAAGCCACGUCCGGUCUUCGUGGCCGUUGAUGUGACCAAUGGUCAGCCAGUGAAUCCCAUGGAGAAGUACGAUCCGGAGCAUAUCGAGUGCCGCCAUUAUGGAGCCUACUUCCUGCCGCAUCCCAGAAAUUGUGGCUUGUACUUCAUCUGUGCCUACGGACAUCUACACCGUCAUCAAUGUGGGCGUGGCACCUCCUGGAAUUUCGAGAUGUCCGAGUGUCAGUUGAACGAUCAGGCCGUUUGCUACGGGGAAUCCGUGAAAUCAGAACCCAUCACGAAUGUGGAAGUAGUCGUGGGUGACACCACUCCGAGUAGUGGAGCUCCAGUGACGGUUUGCUAUAUAGUGGGAUCGAGUGAGUACAGUACGCUGCAGCAAUUCUUAACGGAUCCCGUGACCACACAGUUGGCUUCAGUCCCAACCGCACCCUCUCCUCCGCGAGCUGAGAUUACCACCCUGACUUGUCCGUCCACCAAGCAAAGCUAUAUGUCCCAUCCGGAAGAUUGCAGUAAGUACUACAUCUGCAUCGGCGGGAUGCCGGUGGUCACCUCGUGCCCCAAGGGCCUCUUCUGGGACCAGAAGUCCGGCUAUUGCGAAAUGGAAAAGAGCGUCAAGUGCUUCCAAAAAUAAAUAAUAUAUGUGGAGAUGCACAGUCAAAAACUA